CCAGCUAACCACCACGCGUCCAAGCCCGCACUCCCAUUUCAAUCCCUUCCUCGCCUUCCCCGUUGCGUUUGCCAUGGCCGUGCAGGCGCGGCACCUCUCCCACGACUUCCCACCGGUGGGUGGCUCCCUGUUCUUGGACGAGUACGCCGCCGGGUGCGUGUCACCAGCAUCGCCGGCGGGGAUCGCGGUCACGACGGUGCUCAGCGACUUCCCCGGCAGCGAGCUCACCAGCAACUACGGCUUCGCGCCGAGGAAGCGGGCGCGCGUGGCUGACGCGGGGGGUUUCUUGGACUUGGAGGAUCGGCGCGUGGUUCUGGCCCCGGCGGCGAUGCAGGGGCUGGCGCCGCUGCCGGUGCCAGGGGCGGCCGGCGACGACGCGCGGAGCAGGGCGGUGGGCUCCGGCGCGGCGUCCACCAGCUGCAGUGCGGUGGCCAGCGGCGGUGGCGCAACCCUCUCGCUCUGCCACCAGGGCGGGGAGAUCGACGCGCUCAUACGGCUCGAGAGUGAGAGGAUACGCGCGGCGCUGGAGGAGGCGCGGCGGCGGCACGCCCGGGCGCUGCUGGCCGCCGCGGGGCGGGCGGUGGCGGGGCGAGCGCGCGCGGCGGAGGCCGAGCUGGAGCGCGCGCUCCGGCGCAACGCGGAGCUCGAGGAGAAGGCCCGGCAGAUGGGCGCCGAGUGCCAGGCGUGGAUGGGCGUCGCCAGGAGCCACGAGGCCGUCGCCGCCGGCCUCCGCGCCACCCUCGACCAGCUCCUCCUCCGGCCGCCCAGCUGCGCCGCGGGCGGCGGCGGGGGCGAGGCCGAGGACGCGCGGUCGUGCUGCUUCGAGGCGCCGGCCGCGGGCGCCGGCCCCGCGGCGCCGCCGUCGUGCAGGUCCUGCGGCGGCGGCGAGGCGCGCGUGCUGCUGCUCCCGUGCCGGCACCUGUGCCUGUGCCGCGCGUGCGAGGCCGGCGCGGACGCGUGCCCCGUCUGCGCGACGGCCAAGAACGCCUCGCUCCUUGUCCUGGUCUCCUGAUGAAGCCUACGGAGAGUCCGUUCGUCCGUCCGUGCACAUGCCAAAGACCCAGCAGGCAAGGGGUUUGUGUACCAGAGCAUGGUACUGCCGUAUAGGUACUGGUACAUCCUGUACAUGCGCCGCUUGAGUUGUGCGGCCAAGCCACGCCGUCUGCUUUGCAGGACUUGGCGAGGCUGCGAUGUUCACGCUGGAAAGCAACACUGUUAAACUAAAGGAUCGCACACGGCACCAAUCGUGUACGCUCAGUUGCAUGGGUCGGAGGCACGGAAAGUUUGGACAAGCGAUGCCAGACGACCGACGAGCGACGAGUGAUGAUGGUCAUUCGCGAAAGGCCGGCCACCGUCUCUGCCAGUUCGAGCGGCACCAGGUCGGCAGGUCGCUGUUAACCGAGCUGCCACACAGUAGCCUCUAAAGAAGAAAAAAAAGAGCUGCCACACAGUAGCGUGACGGAUGAGAUGAGGCGAGAUUGGAUGCGACGACGAACGCAACCGGCACUGGGAGCAGCAGCUAGCUAGCAGCUAGCAGCUCGCCGCAGGCCCCCGCAGCUCGCCGCAUCACUGUCCGUCUCGCAGGCCGCGGCUUCUGCUCGGAAAGGGAUCGGCGAGCGAAGGUGAUGGGCACGACCGGGGAAACGCAUCGUGUCGCCGUCGGUCGGUCGCCACCUGCUGCUGUCGUUGUAUUUUCCAUUCCUCCUUGUCCAUGUCCUGCAUGUCUAUCGUAUCGUCCGCGGCGCACGGGGCUGCUUGUUUAAGCUGCAGAUAGCAGCAGCAGGAGGCCCCCCCUACCCCCCCCCCCCCCCCCUCAACGUGAAAUGCGUGGAUCAAUGUUUAUCACCCGUCAAGAGUCAUUCCUUUUGUUGUUUCUAUCAUCUAGUAGCUGGAACCUUCCGGUGUCGUCACAACUGGGAGGACAGAGAAAUGUGUGUUCACGGUUACUGAAAGGGGGAAAUCGGGGUAAGAAACAUUGUGCAUCCGUUGAUCAAUUGGCCUCUCACUCUCGUCUGCUAGUAUACCUUAGUGCUUUCCUUGGUCCCGAAAUGCUCAUGCCUGGAUUAAAACAGCGGUUUGGUUAGUGCUUUCAGCACUACCUUUUAUUGUUGUUCUGAUUGUGCUUUUUAAGUAAAGCUACGUCUUAAA